AUGGAAUCUACAUGUAAAGAAAGGAGUCUCUUAUACUUACUUCUCUUUGCAAUAUGCACGGCCAGCGUUUGCUUUUGUGCAAGAAAAUCAAAUGUUCGGAGAUCUGAUCGUCUGAGUCCUCCAUUAGACAUCCAGUUGGACACAUUAAACUGCACAGCCUUCAGCGUACGAUGGAAGAUGCCCCGUCGACAUGUUAGCACCAUCACUGGAUAUAAGGUCUUUUACACUGAGAUGAAAAAUGACCGUCCAUUGGGUACGUCCUCUCUGAUGGAAGUACCUCUCAGCUUGGACAUGUUGACCACUGGGCAAUUUGACGGACAAGCAAGUUUUGAUGUGGAGGUUGGUAACCUAAAGGUGAACACAGUGUACAGGGUCAGCGUUGGUGCGUAUGGUUGGGCUGGGGAGGGUAGACCCAGUAUGCCCAGAGACAUCAGCACCGCAUCACAUGAAAUGUGCAUGCCUCCAUCGCCCCCUACUCAGCCUGUUGUCAUGGCUGUAUCUGACACAGAGCUGGCGUUGUCAUGGCAGCAAGGGGAGAGCGAGGGAAGUGCACCUGUCCUUCACUUCCUGGUGGCUUACAUCAGGCCAGAAAUGGACACGGAGUGGACGUACAUUCGUGAGCCCAUUGAGACUAACUCCAUGGUGCUGAAGGGAUUAAUACCAGAGACAGAGUACCAGUUUGUUGUAAGGGCAGUCAGUGUGCACGGAGUCAGCCCACCCAGCCACAUAAACAACCCUGUGCGCACUCUUGCAGUAUUUUCUGCCACUCUGUAUCGAGGAGACACUUUUCAGUACGUGGUGCAGCAGCCCGGGUACAGGCUAACAGGUGCCUCAGAAGUUGGCAGUGGUGAUUACGGACGUUACAUCACAGAUUUCAGGGGCAAAGAUGAAGAUGGCUUUGAUGUUGAUGACUCUGAUUAUGAUAUCUUUAUAGAAGAAUUGAAGCCAUUCCCAGGUAUCAAUCAAGACAACAGGAAAUCCCAGCUUCGUUCACGCUCUGGUCCACCGUCUGGUCAGAAUAUUGUUUACCGCAUGAACACCAUUGCUCCUCCCAACAUUACUGCACCUCCAGUCUCCUCCACCACCUCGUCCAUCUUCCAAGUCUUCACAGAUCUGGUCUUCUCAGAGCCGGGUAAUACAGGUGACACCACAACUACUGCCUCGAUUACCACUACAAGCACCACUUUGCCCACCACCACUCCCAUCCCAACUAUGUCCCCCUGGAAGGGUGAAGUUCCUCGUGUGUACGAGCUGACCUGCGAUGACACAGUGUGCCCCCCCGACAGUUUCUGCCUCAGUGACUAUGACAGUGGAGGCUCCCGUUGCCACUGCAACCUCGGACGAAGAGGGGACAUCUGCUCUGAGGUGGUAUCGCUGAACUUUCCCAGGUUCUACGGAUACUCCCACAUGACCUUUGAACCCUUGAAGAACUCCUACCAGAGCUUUCAGAUCACUUUGGAAUUCAAGGCAGACUCUGAGGACGGCUUGCUGCUGUACUGCGGUGAGAAUGAACACGGCCGUGGAGACUUUACCUCUUUGGCCUUGGUGCGAGGCAAGCUGCACUACAGGUUUAACUGUGGGACUGGAGCAGCUCAAAUCAUCAGUGAGAGUCGUAUUGUUGUUGGUCAGUGGCACACAGUAACUGUCUUCAGAGAUGGCAUGAGUGGCUGGCUGCGAAUGGACAAUGACACCCCUAUAUCUGGUCGCUCACAGGGCCAAUAUACUAAAAUCACUUUCCGUUCCCCGCUCUAUGUGGGUGGAUCCCCGAGUGCUUAUUGGCUGGUCAGGGCCACAGGGACAAAUCGUGGCUUUGUAGGCUGCAUUCAGAGUCUGACCAUCAACAGCAAGGCUACAGACAUCAGACCCUGGCCUCUGGGCAGAGCUCUAAGUGGAGCUGAUAUAGGUGAGUGCAGCAAUGGUGUGUGCUAUCUGGUCACCUGUGCAAAUGGCGGUGUCUGCUUUGCAAAUCGUGCUGAUGGCUACAUCUGCCUGUGUCCACUCGGUUUCAGAGGAGCAUUCUGCGAGGAGAGUUUCUUACUGUCCUCACCACUCUUCAACGAGACAGUGUUUUCAUAUGCUAUCCUUCCGUGGCCUCAGACAUCCCAGAGCUAUCUGUCCUUCAUGGAGUUCGAGCUGACAUUUCGGCCUUCAAUGCCUGAUGGUGUGCUGCUGUACAGUGAUGAUGCAGGCAGCGGAGACUUCCUGGCGAUCAACCUGGUUGAUAGAUAUGUAGAGUUCAGAUUUGACUGUGGCUCUGGAGGUGCUGUAAUAAGGAGUGAGGAGCAGAUCAGUCUGGAUGCAUGGCAUGAGCUGAGAGUGUCUCGCACAGCAAAGAGUGGUAUCCUGCAGGUGGACAGCCAGAGGCCAAUGGAGGGAAUCGCUGAGGGAGCUUUCACUCAGAUUAACUGCAGCUCACCUCUCUAUAUUGGUGGAGUACCAGAGUAUGACAAAACCAAGAGGACAGCAGGUGUGAUAAAGCCCUUCACUGGAACUAUUCAGAAGUUCAUACUCAAUGAUCGCACUAUCCCAAUAACAUCUGGCUCAGCUGGAGGCGUUAAUGUAGCCAACUCUGCACAUCCAUGUGUGGAAAGCCCCUGUGCCAAUGGAGGGACCUGCAGGCCAAAGUGGGAUGGAUAUGAGUGUGACUGCCCUCUAGGGUAUGAUGGCAGGCAUUGCCAGAAAGAGUGUGGAAAUUACUGUUUGAACACUGUGACUGAAGCUAUUGAGAUCCCACAGUUCAUCGGGCGAAGUUACCUGACAUACGACAACAGAGACAUCCUAAAAAGGGUGUCUGGGUCCAGGAACAACCUUUUCAUGCGCUUUAAGAGCACAGCCAAGGACGGCUUGUUGCUAUGGCGAGGAGACAGUCCAUUGAGACCCAACAGUGACUUUCUGUCUAUGGGGCUGCAGGAUGGUGCUCUAAUCUUUGGUUAUAACCUGGGCAGUGGUGCAGUGACCAUUGUUGUCAACGGGUCUUUUAGUGAUGGAAAGUGGCACAGAGUCAAAGCUGUCAGGGAUGGUCAGUCAGGGAAGCUGACAGUUGAUGAUUAUGGAGCAAAGACAGGCAGGUCACCCGGGAAGAUGAGACAACUCAAUAUCAAUGGACCGUUAUAUGUAGGUGGCAUGAAAGAGAUCGCUCUGCACACAAACAGGCAGUACAUGGGAGGCUUGUUGGGCUGCGUAUCCCACUUCACGCUCUCUACUGACUAUCACUUGGGACUGGUGGAGGACGCUGUGGACGGCAAGAACAUCAACACCUGCACCAACUAG